AUGCAGAUGGCCUCAAGGACAUGCAUACGGUCAUCCGCAUUUCCGUCACGCCCCGUGCAUCGACAUAACAGCGCAACUCGCCACUUCAGCGUGUCCAGCCUUCUCAGAGCACAAGAGGAGAAGCCCCGUCGUGGCCUGUCAAAAGCCACAGGACCCAGGGAUAUCGCAAAGCUGCAGCAACAAGCAGAUGCCAUCGAACGCCAGAGAGAGAAAGACUACGCCAAGCUGUGGACGGCGAUUCGAGCAAGUGACAGUGGCCGAAGCGACGACGGAAGAGCACGAGCGACAACGAAGCGUCUGCAAGCCGAAAUGGCAUAUCUGCACGCGAGCCAGCGCUUCGAGCAAGCUGCUAUGGCCUAG